AUGAAGCUUUGCUGCCGGAACACCUUCAACUCUUGCGGGAAGGCCUUCGACAAGGUUCGUAGGAGUGACUUUUUGCCGAGCCCCCUCUUCCAGGAGCACAUUUGGGAGGUCCCGCACCGAGAAGGCUCCGAAUCGACCCAAAGGUGCUCCGCGGGCUCGAGGUCGGGGCUCCGUGCCGCAGGCCAGUCGCGUUCAUCCACACCCGACUCUCUCAUCCGUCCGUCUCUCGACGGACCUCGCGUCGUGCGCCGGUGCGCGGACGCGUCGCGACGGGAAGGGGGAAUCCGCAAACCCUACGACGUCUUUAACGGCGCCCGGGUCAUGUUCAAAACUGACCCGAGAGGCAACCGGGUCGUCCGCGACACGGAAGGGAAAUCGGAGGACUCCUUUCGGCCCGAGAGUCGACUUUACGGAGCGCUAUCUAAGAAUGCGGAUCGAGCGGCCGGCGAGGGAGUCGCCGGCCGCUCGAAAGAUCGUUCGCUCGUUCCCGACUCCCCGCCUAAGACGCGCGACGCCGUGUGUUUCCCCGAACAGGAAGUGUACCGCGUGCGUCUUCAGUUCCAGCUGGAGCAGGUGGUGGUGGCCGGCGGGCGCGGCAGGAUGUGGACGGCCGUCGUGGAAGGCGUGUGCCGUGACUUCCUGCGGCAGCUUCAAUUUCUUUCGGACUGCGAGUACGACGCCGGCGAGCCCGCCGAUCAGAGCUUCCCGGAGCAGGCGAGUUCCUUCCAGGAACACGUGUCCCACCUGGAGGCCCGCCUGGUUUCCAUCCUGAGAGGAACGCUGGACGAAUGCUACCUGCCUUCCGCCGCCGUCAAGGUGGUCAACGUGUUCGGGCCGCUUCUGCAGCGUCCCGCCGUCCGGGACCGGCUGCGUUCUCAGCUGUCCAGGUUGGUGGAACUGGUCCUGAAGGAACUGGACCAGGUGCGGGCGCUGGUCAAGAGUAAGAGCAAGAAAGACGUGUCGUCCAAGUUCAGGUCGUCGCCGGCCGUCACCCUCAGGUGGGCGCAACAGCUCAUGCUGAGGGCUCACAAUGUCCUGCACAGCUUCCAGACCGUCCAGCACCUGUGCGCGGAGUCGUGCGAGACGGUGCGUCAGAAGUUCCAGACCAUCGCGGACCUGCUGCUGGACAUCAGGAGCUCCGUGCGUCAGGAAUGGAGCCGCCAGCUGGACCGAGACGCCGCCGCCGCCCUCCAACUUCCUCUCAUCCGGCAGCAGCAAAGCACGCUCGGAAUUCCCUGCGGCCAGAAGCUCGAGGCGCUGCUGAGCGAUCUCAAACAAGCCAGCUGGGAGAAGGACCUGGAGCUCCGCCCCCAAGUGGCUGACAUUUUGCAGCGCAGACGCGACAUCGGCAAAAGUUACCUGAGCCUCACCAACAUCGUGGCCUCCUACAACCAGGUUGUGGGCGGAGCUCUGCCGGCGGAGCUUCCUCUCAUCCAGGACGGCCUGGAAGAGCAGAGGCGGAGCCUGUUGGAGCUGCGAAACAGCACCUGGACCAGUAAAGGCGUACACGAGCUGAUCGAGAAGAAGAGGCGGAGCUUGGACGUCUUCUUCGCCUCAGUUAACGAAGCGCGAGGCAACAUGGCCGCCAUGCGUGAUAUCACGCAGGGCUGGGCGGGACUUCCCCUGCUUCAUCGCUCGGGCCACUUCCUGGAGAGGGGCGGAGCCACGGAGGAGAGCUACACGCGCGUGCGCGAGGACGGCGACCGGGUCAUACGUCUGACCGCAGAGAACUCGGUCCUGUACGGCGUGCAGGACCAGACGUCGCCGGUGUGGCUGGCCUACCUGGACCACGUGGACCAGAUGGUUCAGGACGGCGUCCUCCAGAUGCUCCUGCAUUCGCUCAACUUCCUGUCGCAGAACAUGACGCCCACGAGCUUCGGGGGCGCGUUGCUGCAGGUGUUGCUGCAGCUGCAGCUGACAGGAAGCGUCUUCGACCCUUCUCUGACCUCUGACCUGACCGAGGUCCUGAAGUCGUUCAUCGCCGACAUCCACGCGGCCGCCGGUCUGCCCCCCAGGGUCUCCGCCGCCCGCCAAGGCAACUACCAGGAGGCGCUGCGGGACGACGCCGAGUUGGCCGCGCUGGAAAAGGAAGUGAUGCUACGCCUGCAGGAGGCCAACGAGGAGGCGGAGCGCCUGAGGGCCGACCUGGACCGCUUCUCGCCGCUGUGGCAGAGUCACAAACGCACCGUCAUGGACGACUUCCUCAAGUACGGCCGACAGCUGGAAGAGGGCGAGGAGGACGUGGAGGAGGCGCCGCCCACGCUCGCUGACUUUCAAAGAGAGAUCCACGCCCUCCAGAAGCAGCUGAGGGAGGUGAACGAGCUGGAGGACUACGACCUGGUCCACGGCUGGCUGCAGGUGGACCUCCAACCUUUCAAAGACGCCCUGCGCCUCUUCAUCAACAACUGGAUCAGCUUGUACACGCAGCACCUGCUCAAGCUCGUCAGACAAAGCAUGUCUCGGCGCAGCGUUGACGACGAAGACGAAGAAGCAGAGAAAUCGUCGGCGCGCCAUUUCCCUCUCACGGAAACCAUCAUGCUGCUGGAGACGGUCAACGUGGAAGUUCCCGAGCUCACCACGCUGCUGCAGACGGGCGGCCAUCUCGUGGCAGACACCGAAGUCAAAGAGGCACAAAGAAGAUGAAGACCGCCGCCGAGAAAGCGUCUAGCGGCGGUAGACGCCGAAGGCCAGCAGGCUGAGGAAGACGGUGACGCCGAGCAGCGAGGCGGAGGCGGGCGCCGUGAACAGGUGGCGGUACCGGAUCUGGCAGUACCACAGCACGGCCAGCACGAGCGCCAGCAGCGGCACCAUCAGGCCGCCCACGUUCAGCGCCACCCGGACCCGCUCCGCCGCCGCCGCCGCCGCCGGACCCCCCCCCGCCGCCGCCGCCGCCCGCUGCGAGAUGUGGCAGUGUAGCACGCAGUUGUGCGGCAGGCGGAGCGCCUCCAGCGUGGCGCCGUCGUCCUGCAGCAGCUGGCCCUGGUAGAUGAGGCGCACGCGGCGCUCCUGCCCCGCGAAGUACGUCCUGCCGAAGGGGAAAAGGGAGCACGUGAGAUUUGGGACGCCGCCGGACGGACAAGACCGCGCGCCUCGCUUUUGGACACGGGUCGGGCCGACGGCGCCUCGCUCGAAUUUGGCCGUUUUGCCGACGACGCUUUCCGACUCGAUACGCCGCUUACAAUUGGCUUUGAGUUACGAGCUGUCGCUCUGUUUAGUUUUUUUUGCUUUGUGUUGCGAGCCAAAAUGUGAGUUGCAGGCCAGCUUCUGAUACGUUGCCGACCGAAUGAAGCGGAAAAAAAGACGGUCGCUGAUGCACUUUCAGACGUUUCUUGAGGGAGACAAAUCGAAAAUGAAAACACUCGCAAGGAGCAUGAAAACCACGCUCAUACUCGCCAACGCGAACCAAAAAACAAAAACCACGUGACACUUGCAGCUUCAUGACACUUUAGAAAACCUUUUGAUUUCUCUACGUUAUUAUGCGAGAUGAUGACACAGUGGGUACGGAAAGUAUUCAGACCCCCCUCCAUUUCUCACUCUUUGUUAUAUUGCAGCCAUUUGCUAAAAUCAUUGAAGUUCAUUUUCAGCACCCCCAUAUUGACAGGACAAAAACGGAGUUGUUGAAAUGUGUGCAGA